AACAAUGAAGAUAUUGGUGACUGGUGCAUCCGGUUACCUCGGUGGAAGGCUCUGCCAUGCUCUGCUACGCCAAGGUUACUCCGUCAGAGCCCUCGUUCGAUCCACUAGCGAUAUCUCCGGCCUUCCUCCGCAUCUCGAAAUCGUUUGCGGCGACAUCACCGACUACGCCUCUCUUCUCGCUGCCUGCUCCUCCUGUUCCGUCGUCUUCCACGUCGCCGCUCUCGUCGAGCCCUGGCUUCCCGAUCCUUCUAGAUUCUUCUCCGUCAACGUCGGAGGAUUGAAAAAUGUGUUGAAGGCGGUGAAGGAGGGCCACACAGUGGAGAAGCUCAUAUAUACGUCGUCGUUUUUCGCCUUAGGACCAACCGACGGAGGCCUCGCAGACGAAAAUCAAGUGCAUCACGAGAAAUAUUUCUGUACCGAAUAUGAGAGAUCAAAGGUUGCUGCCGAUAAGAUUGCUAUGCAAGCUGCAUCGGACGGGGUGCCGAUAGUGUUGCUUUAUCCUGGAGUAAUAUAUGGUUCUGGCAAGGUCACUGCUGGAAACGUUGUUGCACGGAUGAUAGUAGAACGGUUCAGUGGUAGAUUGCCGGGUUACAUAGGGUAUGGAAACGAUAAGUUUUCGUUCAGUCAUGUGGAGGAUGUGGUGGAGGGGCACAUUGCUGCGAUGAAAAAGGGAGAAGCAGGGAACAGGUAUCUUCUGACAGGAGAAAAUGCGUCGUUCAAGUAUGUGUUUGAUAUGGCUGCUGUUAUUACUGACACCGCGAAACCGAUACUUAGCAUCCCUUUGUGGGUCAUUGAAGCAUAUGGGUGGCUGUCAGUUCUAUACUCUCGAAUCACUGGAAAGCUACCUCUCAUUAGUCCACCGACAGUUCAUGUUUUAAGACAUCAAUGGGAGUAUUCCUGUGAAAAAGCGAAAAGGGAGCUAGAUUAUAGGCCCAGAAACCUUCGAGAAGGACUCGCUGGGGUACUGCUCUGGAUGAAGGAUUCGGGGUUGAUAAGAUAUUAGCGACAACAUAACUUGCUAGGGCUUGACCUUGUGCAAUAUGAAUAAAACAGACCAAAAGGCUUUAUGGGUUUAACAUCGCGCGUUUCUGAAAUUCUAUUUUGAUUUAUUUCACCUUUGUGUCAUUUUUUAUUUUAUUUUUCUAAAUAACACAUUUUUUUUUUCUAUUUUUUCAUUUUUUUACUUCUUUAUUUUUUAUCCUAUUUUAUCUCUCUUCCAAAUAGAGUCUAUAAAGGUUUGCCGAUGUUUUGAUGAUUUUAAUUAUAAGAACUUUUUUGUUAUAC